AUGGCGCGCCGUCUUUUCGCCUGUUUCGGCGGUAAGAAAUCUUCAUCCUCCGCGAGUAGAUCCGUCCCCGGGAACAAUUCCGCCGUCGUCGACGCAGAAAUCACAGCCGGCGACGGACCCGUUCUCGUCCAGCUGUUCUCGUCGCAGGGAUGCAAGACGUCGCCGGCGGCGGAGAUGCUGAUGUCCCGUCUCGGACGAGGCGAUUUCGACGCCCAGAUCCGCGGCGACGCCGGCGGAGACGGUAGAUCUGGAUCUCCGGCGAUGGUUCUGGUCUUCCACGUCGAUUACUGGGACUACAAGGGCUGGAAGGAUCCGUACGGAUCGAGCCAGUGGACGGUGAGGCAGAAGGCGUACGUGGAGGCGUUGAAUCUUGACACGAUGUUCACUCCGCAGCUCGUGAUCCAAGGCCGCUCUCAAUUGAUCGGAAACGAGGAAGAGACUCUGCUCAAAUCGAUCUCGGAAGCACCAAAGUUUCCUUCUCCAGCCUUCCGGGCGACAUUCCAGAGACCGACCUCAGAGACACUGCAAGUAUCACUGACGGGAGCUCUGAGGAUGAAAGUAGACGGGAACGGGAUAGACGUAAUGGUGGCGAUAUACGAGACGGGGCUAGUGAACGACUGUGAAAGAGGAGAGAACGAAGGAAGAAUGCUGUCGAACGACUACGUCGUGAGAAAGAUGGAGAAGAUGUGCACUGUGAAAGACGUGGCGGCGAAGAAGACAGUCUCGGGGACUGCUCAUUUCACGCUCUGGGAUGGAUUCAACUGCAACAAGUGUGGAGUCGCCGUCUUUCUUCAGAACUCGUCUCUUCAGAUUUUCGGUGCGCAGAGUUUUAAGCUGAAGUUGCCUGAUGAGAUUUGCGCUAAUCCCUAA